AUGGCCUUCAAAGUCUACGUCUCUGGUGCUUUCCUUGCUUUUGUGGCAGAAGCAUCCGCUAGGACCUUCACAGUUAAGAACAACUGCGCCUUUACUAUUUUCACGGAUUUAAACGUCGGUACAGCCGUCCCAGACCAACCAACGGGCUGGGAGGCUGCAUCAGGAACAUCUGUAAGCUUUACGGUCCCAGACAACUGGAAGGCUGGCCGUAUUUGGGGUCGCCGCGAGUGCGACUUCAGCACUGUUCAGGGCCCAACAUCGUGUGUAACCGGUGGAUGCAACGGAGGUCUCUUGUGCGACUCCUCGACUGGGACAGGAGUACCGCCUGUAACACUCGCUGAGUGGACCCUACAAGGUGAUGGAAAUCAAGACUUUUAUGAUGUCUCGUUGGUUGAUGGCUUCAACGUACCCUUGAGCAUCACGAAUAACGUUGGCUGCCCAACAGCGGACUGUCCCACUGAUUUGAACGCCAACUGCCCAAGCGAAUUACAACUGAACGACUCAUCGGGAACUGUAGCUGGAUGCGAGACGGCUUGUUUCGCAAACCUUGAUGGUAAUCAAGCGGACUCUGCGAACUGCUGUUCAGGCUCGCACAACACUGCCGCGACUUGCCCUAGCUCUGGCGUCCAGUUCUAUAGUUACUUCAAGGGAGGGUGCCCUAACGCGUAUGCGUAUGCGUUCGAUGAGAGUAGCGGCACUGCGCUCUGGACCUGCAGCUCGACUCUGGCUGCCGAUUAUACUGUUACGUUCUGCCCUUGA